AUGCCCCUGUCCCAGAGCAAGGCCGGGCAGAUGCCAUGCAGCAGUAAGGUGUGCAGGAACCUCUUUGGCCCCGUGGACCACCACCAGCUCCAGAAUGACUUUGAGGACAUGUUGAGGCAACAGCUGGAAGAAGCUCAGCAGCGGUGGAACUUCAACUUUGAGGCGGAGACUCCCUUGGAAGGACAGUUCAAGUGGGAGAGGGUCUUCCUGGCUGAGCAGCCACCCCAGGAGGUCCACAGCCUGGUCAAGGUCACCGGCAGUGAGAGCAGGAGCUCCUUGGUCCACAAGGUUUCCCCCAAGGACCAUCUUGGGAGGAUUUGCCCUGAGGGGUCUCAGCAAAGCUCAGAGGUUUGCAGGGCUGGUUCCCCACAAAACCUGAAACGUGGGCAGACCACCAUCAAAGACUUCUACAGCUCCAAGCGGAGGAUCAUCCCUGACAAGCCCAAGCCUGACAGGCCCAGGCUGUGA